AUGGCCAUACGUUUAAGUGAAAAGUUAGCUAGUUUAUCCAACGAAGCACAAGAGUUGUUUAUCAUGUAUGGUAUAGCUGUGGUGUUGAUUUUUUUUAGUAGACGAACCAUUUCUAUAGUAUGGCCAAACGAAACAACGGUUGAUACAUUGGAGGAUCUAGCAAAAGAGAUUAGAAAACUUGAGCAAGAACUUGAGGAGAAGAAAAUGGAACUCACGUUCAACCAAUUUAUCAAGGGAAAGGUUAAUUUAAAUGAAUUUGAUGCUACGAAAACUAAAAGUUUGUUGGAAAUGUUUUCUCUUAUACGAGCUAAACUUGAUGAAAGAAAAAGACAACUUCAACAACAAUCUCUGAAGACUCCGCCAUUUCUCUCUAAUUCUGAGUCGACAACUGAGACUGAUGUAGAUAUGAGUGACAAUUUUCAUGCAGUAGGCACAUCAACAAGUUUGGAGGGUGGAAGCGAUGGUGAUGAUAAAUGA